AUGUCUGCGGACCUGCAACAGAAAUUCACCGAAGAGGUGGAGAGAGUCGCUGACGUUUACGGUCGCCUUCCGCUGUCUCACGCACCUAUUGACGACACAAUGCGAUUCAAAGCAGAUCCGAGCACGGUUCUAGCAAUGGUGAUUGAUGCCCUGAUAAAAUCGAGACCCAUAUCGCACCACCUCGCAGAAUCUACUGUAGCUGGACUGAUCGAGGAUGACUAUCAUGACAUCGACAGGCUUCUGGGAACCACAUGGGAGGAACGGACGAACCGACUGAAAGUACUUGGAUACAAUCGGUAUCGUGAACAGUGUGCCACUAAUCUGGGUGCACUUUGUGACCUUGUCCUGGAAAAAUACGAUGGUGAUCUCAAUAACUUACUCGAGGAGGCUCAUGAAGAUCGCGAGGAAGUCAAGGCUCUUAUCAAAGAGAUCAAAGGAAUUGGAGAUCUGGGAGCCGAGCUAUUCCUGGACAACGUGCAAAGCAUUUGGCCAUCCAUGGCCCCCUUUGUUGAUACACGAAGUCUUCAUACGGCACAGGAGAUCGGACUGGGAAGUAAUGUGAGCGCCAUAUACGCACAGCUUGAGCAGGAUCCUAUCAGGAUGAGUAAGUUCGUGAAUGGGUUGUCGAAUAUUCGGUUGGAGCACAAGCAGCACGAAAUUGAAGAAAUGUGA